UGAAACGUUAGAAGUAUUCUACUUCAAAAAACGGCUGUCGUUUGCUGAAGAGCGGAACGCGAAACGUUAACACAAUUUCAAACCAGAUUUGUGAGUAACGCACAGAUGUCUCAGCAUACCCGAACAGAAAUCAAUACCGAAAUUGAUUGUAGAAACGUUGAAUUUAUUUACAAUUUUAUUUGUUAACAACGGCUUUUACUGUAACAUCGAUGUACUUAAGGUUUAGCCAUUCAUGAUUUUACCCAAAAAUAGUGUUCUUCAUUUUUUGUGCAUAGAAUUUACACACGCGUCCAAAAUGGUGGCUCGUUUGUUUAGUACGGGAAUGUUUUAAUACUCGGCUUGUCAACUGUACUAGCCAAACUGUUCUGAGUCGGUUACUGGACUGCGUGAUCAUUCACCAGAAUUCGAUCAAGGGGAACGGAUGUCGCCUAUCCUUCUAUAGUAGUUGGAGAAUGUUGAAACUUUGAAACAGACCAAAAAGAAUCAGGAUCUAUGUACUAGUGAAGUUUGUUAUAAAUAUGUCAGAUGAGAUUAAAUAUCCGGUGACGGCUGGAGGAUGUACUCUAACAUUUUAUUUAAUUACUUCCAGCUUGCUACAAGACAUUCCGUAGGAUUGUCUACAUAGUUUAACGGGGUCGAAAAUUCCUAUAUAUUAUGCGUGCAAUAAUUAGGACCAAUGCAAUCUAUGAGAACCUCAUGUCCAUUAGAUGGAAACAAAAUCAAAUACUCUCAUCGUCAAUAGUUUUUGGAUAUUUUCUCUAGGAUGACAAGUUACGUCAAUUUCGAGUUAAAAUGCAUAAAAAUAACUUGAAUUGAGACAAAAUAAAUGAAAAUAAGAAAUACAAUAGUAAAUCCUCUGCAAAACAAUUCUUCAACAAUUAAAAUUGCCGUGAAAACAAUGUAAAACGUUUGGGCCCUCAAAAAUCUACAACGGAACAACAAUGUAAAUCGUUGUUUUUGAUUUCAGAAUGUAUGGGAAAAGAUCAAUUUAUUCAUUAUUACAUCGCUUAACGACCCCCCUUUUGCAAUGUAAAAAUUGGGUUUACAAUGAAAUUGGAUGUAGAAAACAACAACAUUUAAUGUGAUUAUAUUUUCGCUGUAAGUUUUGCAGCAUUUCUAAUUACUAAACAUUGUUUUUCGUUGUAAUGUAGCAAUAAAAAAUGCCGUAAUAGAUUUCCAGUGCAAUGUUUUCCGAACCUCAGCUAACAAAGGUCAAAUUUACUCAAAUUGUUGCAAAAAUUUAGCAAAUUUUGUUCCGAUUUCCGUCGACCAGUUUGGUCGAACCCGCAUAAAAGAAUCAUGCAAUUGUCAAAACUUUUCGCCCAGCCUGGCUUGCGCCAUGUGAGUUGAGUAAUCAUUCGACUGAUUAACGUAAUAAAUAAUUGAAACUGCGGCAGUUUUUGGGAAGUUUAGGCUAAUUUUCAAACAAACAAAAAUAAGUUUUUCCUUGCCGUAUUAGUAACACAAUCUGUUAGUUUACCAAAGAUACUGAAUCCAGCCCAUAAAAUGAGGUGAAAUCAAUGCCGAAAAAAGCCCGAUGACGAGUAAUUGAAGUGACGACAUGCUACGAACGUUGCACAGCUGCUGGAAGUGGUUGCACCCGCAUAAUGUCCUACAGACACAUUCAUGGAGGAUAGUUUGUAGCCGGCCACCCAGUGGGAUAUGGCAACGAAAACGAAACGAGUCCAGCGGUUCUCGGCCUUUCAGUUUAACUAGCGUAAGAACGCCUUUCGGCAGUGGAUGGCCACCGGAUGCCUGGAGGGUUAUCUCUCAGGGAACUGCUGAUGCGAUUGUAAGAGAAUUUAGUAGUCAAGUUAGCGUUAAGGAAAAUGAACCGAAAGGUUUACUACAAAAGCUGGUAAAGAAUCCGUACGCGCGGUUGAUGAGAAUAGACCGUCCAAUCGGGUCGUGGUUACUGUUCUGGCCGUGUGGUUGGAGCAUAGCGUUGAGUGCACAAGCUGGCUGCUGGCCGGAUCCGUUAAUGCUGGCUCUUUUUGGGACCGGAGCUUUCAUAAUGCGCGGUGCUGGUUGCACCAUUAAUGACAUGUGGGACAAGGAUAUCGAUGCAAAAGUGGCUCGGACGAAAGGCAGGCCUUUAGUUUCGGGCCAAUUGAGUCAAUCGGAUGCUUGGGUGUUUCUUUCGGCACAGCUUGGCUUUGGCCUGUUGAUUCUACUGCAGCUAAACUGGUAUUCGAUUGUGCUAGGAGCGAGUUCGCUCGGUCUAGUAAUCGUGUAUCCGCUAAUGAAACGGGUAACCUACUGGCCACAACUGGUACUGGGAAUGACCUUCAACUGGGGCGCUCUACUAGGAUGGAGUGCAACACAAGGUUCCGUUCUGUGGUCUGCUUGCCUUCCUCUAUACCUGGCCGGGGUUUGCUGGACCAUUGUGUACGACACGAUCUACGCCCAUCAGGACAAGGUUGACGACAUAUUGCUGGGUAUUAAAUCUACCGCAAUCCGGUUCGGUGAUGGGAAUAAACUUUGGCUUAGUGGCUUUUCGACGGCGAUGAUAAGCGGUUUGAUCACCGCGGGAAUGGUCUGUGAGCAGACCUGGCCGUACUAUUCAUCGCUGGGACUGAUCUCGGCACAUUUGGCACAUCAAAUAUACUCCCUGAACAUCAACAACCCAACCGACUGCGCAACGAAAUUCAUCUCCAAUCAUCAAGUUGGUCUCAUUCUCUUUCUGGGAAUUGUAUUGGGUACGCUUUAUAAGGGCUACAACCAAACUAGCUCUUCACCAAAUACCUUGGCUGUUACCACGUCUAGUGGUUCUUCAACCUCUCCUACGCUUUUGAUAAAAGCGGCCAGUCAAACAGCACCCAGCUAAACCCCUUGGUGCUUUGAAACUAGAAAC